GAACUCAUUUUCCGCAUACUUCAACAAAUCCUGCUGGAAGCACGCAUAGAGUCCAGCAAAACUGAGCUUUCGCAGGCUUUAAAGACGACUGCGUUGGAAAAAGGUUUUGCGAUAUCUGACAAUCAAGGAGAGGGAAACUGCAUGUUUUUUGCACUUUCAGAGCAGCUUGACCUCAUCAAAGGAAUUCAGAUGUCCCAUGAUGAGUUACGCCGAACUAUUGUUCAACACCUUCGGGAAAACCCCAGGCUGGUAAGUAUCUUAUUACCUUAUUAGGGUGCACACAUUUGCAGUAUACGCGCAUGGCCGUGGUAUUUGCCCCCCUACGUUGUUUUGAUUCCUUUUAAAGUUAAGAAAAUAAGGCCCUGUCCAUACUUUUCCGAAAUACGGGAUCACACACGAAGCGUAUUUGAAUCUUUUUCGCCCGUCCACAUAAAAACGCUGAAAUGAUUGAAAUACGAUAGCAUCCAUUUACAGAGCAUGCGCAAUGUUGUAUUCUAAAUCCUCUGUAUUCGUCCAUCCGCACGUCGUUUUUCAAAGUCUCCACUCCUGGCACCGUUUGUGAAAACCUGCGUUUUUGGUGCCAGAAAAUGCCGAUCACGUGUGGGCGGAAGGCUAAAAUGGACAAAUAAAUCCCCGAUUUAAAAAAAAUAUAUCCGGAUACGUGUGCACGUGGCCCUUAAAUUCCUGCGAUUAAAUGCGACGGCUUUACGGGUAUGCUGCAAAUGAAUUCAUCCUUUAUGAGCAAAACAACAGCUAACUCUGCACGAGCACGACGCUUUGCUUCUUCGUCCACUCACUCACUCACUCACUCACUCACUCACUCACUCACUCACUCAAUCAAUCAAUCAAUCAAUCAAUCAAUCAAUCAAUCAAUCAAUCAAUCAAUCAAUCAAUCAAUCAAUCUUUAUUCCUCCUAAGAUAAAAAGACAUAUCUUCAGUUACAUUAGCAGUUGGGAGUCUGAAAGUACAUAAGACAUACUGUAUACAAAUACGAGAAAGAUAAAAAUACAUAAGACAUACUGUAUAGAAAUAAUAGAAAGAUCAAAGAUUAUAUCUAAAAAUAAGCCUAUUUACAAAAGCAUUCUUAAAUGUAUCAGUCUUUAUAUCCGGGCGAUGAGCACUUUUGUUUCUGAGUUGAUUCAUUGUUUCUUUUUUCUUCGGAAUGAUGUUACUAAGCGGGCAAUCGGGAUCCACUCGACGUACCUUGAAAAGCUUCUUAUCUGCCUUUCCUAAAAGUUCUCGAAUGUCCAUUCUCUUAAAUGUGUAUUUCCUUUUAAAGCAUCUAUCCAGAACGUUUUGUAUGACCGUGAGAUCUGAGUCUACAGCGCCAUAAACAGGCAGACCAUAACUGAAAUUCGGUAAAAUUAAGGCGCUAAAUAGGUGGUCGACAUCACCUUGACUGAAACCUCGUUUCCGUAGAGAUCUUGAUGCAAACAGACACUUAUUUGCCUCAACCAACUUAGCACGUACGUGUUCGCUAUAUUUACAAUUCUCCUGAAACGUAACACCUAAAAUGGGCAGCUCAGUGCAUUGCGGAAUGUUACUAACUUGCACAAUAUCCUUUCUUGCGAAAAAUAAUUUCUUUACAUUUCGACGGAUUACAAAUCAUACUUUUUUCCUUAGACCAAAUUCAAAACUGAUCCACCAAAUCCGUACGACAGUGGCCAUUACUCCAAAUGGGAACAAUGAGAGUAGAGUCGUCCGCGUAUUUAAAAAGAGCUGGGUGAUUAUCUAUGCUGAUUUCCAGAUCAUUAAUAAAAAUACUAAAUAAGUACGGACCACUCACACUGCUCUGUGUAGUGCCCUUGUUCACACAUUGCCAUUGUCCUUAAAAACUGUUGUAAAUAAUGCACUGUUGACGAUUCUCAAGAAAGCUUAAAUACCAGCUGAUUAUGAAUGGAUUUAACGGUACACCCUUAAGCUUAUAAGACAAAAGUUCAUGAUUAACCCUGUCGAACGCUUUACUGAAAUCCAUGGCAAACAAACGCACGGUUUUACACUUAGGGUCAUCUAGAAACAAUAGACGGUGUGCUGCAUACUGAGGAGCGCGUCUAUACAGCUCCCCCCCGUCCCGUAGGGAAACUGAGUUGAGCUCAGAUGUUGCUGUACGACUACGACGCAAAACUUCCUUAUGUGACGUUUUGUGGAGGGCAUCGAACACUCGACGGUCAAUUAUUGUUUUUGGGCUUGGACACAGUCACUAAGGGCUGAAAUCCAAGAACAUUCGUCGACUUAUGUCAAACUCACAUUAUUUUAAUAGUAAACAUCCAUUCCCCCCUCUCUCUUACACGUGUAACGGACACCUCCCUAAAACCUACUAAACAUACUCCACCUCCCUAAAAGUGUUGGUCCCUGCCGUUCUUAACUGUUGUUUUUAUAUAUAUAUAUAUAUAUUUUUGAGGGGAGUAGUAUAGGUCACGAAGGUUAGACACCUUUUUUGUAGUGGAAUCUUAUUACUGUGAAGUGGAAUAAAUUAACGUCGAUUACAUCUUUAUCUCAGCAAUAAAAUGCGGUCGAAUCUCAUCAAGAUAACGUCACGAGCUAUUUUUAUGUAGUAUUUAGUAUAUUGAUUGAUUCUUAUAUUGAUGAUGUAACUUGUUGGGAUCAUGUCCUUUAUUUGUGAGAAUGAUUUUGUUGAUCAUUUUAAAUGGAUGAUUUUCCAGUAAUCGGAGACUUAGUUAUGCGCACAGGAUUAUGGGAUCGCCAGGGGGGCAAACAUUGCAAGUCGCUGCAAAGAAAUGUAUGGCGUGUAAUUGUUUCUCCGUUAAAAAAGCAAAGUCUUUGGACAUAGAAUGCCGCAUUUUGCCAUGAUUUUAUGAGAAGCGGACAAGACUAAUGUUUGUGCGUUGAAAUUAUAAGUUCUCGUGGGAUCGAUGCGAUGAAUUCUAUCGAUAAACACUUCUUCUUGCGAAAAGGUCGACUGUAACAUUUACUGAAUGGUCUCGAAAUAUAUAGUACUAACUUAGGUAUAAAUGAGCGGGGAAUGCGGACUCAUUUAAGCCUUUCUAGUUGUAGUUACUUGUGCUGAUAUUUACAACGAGUGUAAUUACGCUCAGCUCGGGGCGAUCACAACGCUGUGCCGGUUUGUGACAACGAUCAGGUACAAAUAGAAUUUGAAAUGUACUAACUUUAAAAACAAAACCGUCUUCCCAAGUUGGUAUGUUUAUUUCUUCUCGCCGAAAAAAACGCUAGCAAAAUGUUUUGUCAUGAUCCAGAGCAACAAUGAGUUCUAAUGCCUUUUCCAAUCAUUUUGUGGGAAGAUAAUGAAUCUCUGAAUUUCGCACAUCAAUUUAUUUGCAGUUACACACUCACCGCUUUUGUAUCGGAAAUCUUACUCGUUUUGCGGCACUCUCUCGUACUAUUUCUGCCUCAUCCACUAAUGCUUUUAUACCAUGUACUUUCCAUGAAAUAUUUCGAAGAUGUUGCUUUGUUUAUACCAACGUAGAGGAGAAUUUUUUGUUUUUAUGGCCACGUACAUACCUUCGAUUGUUGUCUUGUCACAACCCCCACAGCGCCGCAUAGCGCUGAUCGCGGCCGAGCGUAGUUACACUCGUUGUAAAUAUCACCACACGUAAUUACAACUGAAAAGCUUAAAUGAGCCCCUACAUUUAUACCUAAAUUUGCACUAUAUAUUUCGAGACCUCUCAUGUACAUAACUGAAUUCAGUAACCACAAAUUUGACUCUCAACCUCAAGCAAGGAGUGUUUAUCGACAAAAUUUAUCGCAUUAAUCACAAAGAAACUUGAAAUUUCAACGCACUAAACUUAGUCACCUCCCCUUCUCAUAAAAUCACGCCAUAUAUUUUCUCGCAAUGUUCGCCCCCUGGCGAUCCCAUGAUCCUGUGCGCAAAACAUGGGUCUCCGAUUACUGGAAAAUCAUUCAUUAUGUGGGUCAUGUCUUCAUUUGGUGAUGAAGACACCUGUGACUUAAAAUCACUGAACCAUGACGCCCUCAGUGUCCAUUGCAGGUAACUGAGGGUGUGUUCACACUGUACCGUAUAUCUUUUUCGCCGGCACGAAAAUCAGUUCACACAUAAGAACGGGGAUUUCGGCGCGAUUUCUGUUAAACGGAGAAAAGCUGUGCCUCGCCGAUGUCUUAAGUGGAGAGUCACAUAUCGGAUAGAUGUCGUGUCUUCACCAAAGGUUAUCCGGUAUAGUGUGAACAUAGCCUUAUUGUUAUUAUUCCGGUUCACUGAUUUUUGGCGCGCAAAGGAGAUAAAGACGUCACCGACGUUAAUUUAUUCCGCUUCAAAAAAGGGUCUAAUGAGUGCCUCCUACACUACUAAAGUGGACAAAUUUUUAGUGCUUAUACCAGCGGGGUCCGCCUUAGAGAGAGUUCACGACAGCGCAGCUGCCUGAAUUUAUACCUUCUACAAAAGCACUCUACCUUUUUCUCUAUUAACUAAAGUAUUUUCUUUUUUUCUUACAGCCGGAUGGGACAGAAUUGUUUCAUUUUGUUGAUGGACAUCCAUCUUGGGAUGCCUACCUCACUAGCAUGAUAAAAGAUGGUACUUGGGGUGAUCACGUGAUUCUACACGGCGCUGCAAACUGUUUUCAAACUUGCAUUCACGUGAUCAGCAGUCUUCCGCAUCGCCAUGACGUAAUGAUCUGCCCAGAGUUUGAUGUUACUAGUAGCAACCGGCUUGUGCUGGGUCACGUGUACGAGCUUCACUAUGUUAGCCUUAUUCCACAGAAAGGAGGUAAAGAUGACUGA